UCAAAAUAAAUUGUUUAUGUUUUGAUUAUUGUGUUGACGUCGCUGGAAAUAAGCAUUUCGAUAAAAUGAAUUCAAAUUUAACACAAAUAUGCCGCUUAUGUCUGGAGACUAGUGGCGGUUUAGUAAAUAUUUUCGAAAUAUUUGAAGAAUCAACCGUUGCUUCAGUUUUGGCCGAACAUUUCUGGUUCCAGAUUCAUAAGGAUGACGGUAUGUCGGAAUGGGUGUGUGAAGUAUGUUGGAGUCAAACGAAAACAUUCCAUCAUUUCUACAAGAGAUUGGAGUUACUUCAUCAGAAUUUCUUGAACUCAAGCGUCUUGGUCAAAGUUGAUGAAAUAAAGCAAGAACGAAGCGUUAGUCCUCUAGAGGAAGUAUACGAAGAUGACCUUUUUACAGACAAAUGUGAAAUGGAUAUAACAAUAAAGACUGACGACACGCAGACACCCACCAAAGAUUACAGUUGUGAAGAAGAUAGUAACCAAAAUAGCGGCGAUCAAAGUGCAGCUGAAGCAGAGCAAACCACUGACGAUGAUGACGAGCCUUCUCUUGAUAAGCCAAGAAUCUAUAAAUUACACAGUCGAUCUGAAAAAGAGAAACAGGACGCAGAGAUUCGGAGAUUUUUUCCGAUGAAAUGCGAUAUUUGCAGUGAUGUCGAAUGUGACACAUUAAAGAAAGUGAGAAAACAUUAUAGUGAAGUGCACAAAACAAAAGCCUAUUUGAUCUGCUGUAAAAAUAAGUACUCGAAACGCUGCGAAAUGCUUGACCAUAUCCAGUAUCAUGUCAAUCCGGACGCACACCGUUGUGACCAGUGUGGUAAAAGCUAUAAAGACAGAAAAACACUGCGUGAACACAUGAAAUGUCAUAUACGUGCCCAUAAAUGCGACUCAUGUUCAAAAACUUUCCCGUCCGCAUCCAAGUUAAAAUAUCACGUUCAAGAUAAACACUCCACGGAUGCGAACGAAAAGUUUCCUUGCGACAAGUGUGGCAAAAUGUGCCGAUCGAAAAUGUUGCUAGCCUGCCACAUAAGGAACGUUCAUGACCCGUCGAUGAACCACGUCUGUGAGAUAUGCGGUCGUACAUUUAAACAGAAAUUCAAUCUGCAAAUGCAUGAGCAAUUGGAACAUUCAAAAACGCCAAUGCCGAAAGCUCAAUGCAACAUUUGCGGCAUUUGGUUGAAGCACGAACUUCGCCUUAGGAAACAUCAUUGGACAAUGCACCGAGAAAUGCAGGAAGCUCAAGACCGGAAACUUUUCAAUUGUCCGAUAUGUAAGAAGAAAGUAAAGACCAAAACACUGUUGGAUUCUCAUAUUCGCAGAUCUCACGGCGAAAAGAAACAUCAGUGUACAUUUUGUGACAAAUCAUUCAGGAUUGCCAAAAUAUUGAAGGAACACAUUGCAGCACUUCACACUGGUGUAGAUUUGUACAGUUGUAUGUACUGUGAUAGGACUUUCAAAUCGAACGCAAACAUGUAUUCACAUCGAAAGAAGGCUCAUUUAGAAGAAUGGACCAGAGACAAAGUCGAAAAGGAUAGUUGCAAGCAAGCAGCACCUAGUGAAACUGAAACCACAGCAACAAUGGUGGUUGAUGAAUAAAUCUAGCAACUCAAUCAAUGAUGACGGUUUUGUUGCGAAGCAAAUGGAUGACUUUCAUUGA